AUGGCUCGAUACGACAGGGCGAUCACGGUGUUCUCGCCGGACGGCCAUCUCUUCCAAGUUGAAUAUGCACUUGAAGCUGUACGGAAAGGCAACGCCGUUGUCGGCGUCCGUGGCACCGACACCAUCGUCCUCGCUGUCGAGAAGAAAUCCACCCCCAAGCUUCAAGACACCCGAUCGGUUAGAAAAAUCGUAAAUUUGGAUGAUCACGUUGCAUUGGCCUGUGCUGGACUGAAAGCAGAUGCACGUGUUCUGAUAAAUAGGGCACGCAUUGAAUGUCAGAGUCAUAGACUUACAGUUGAGGAUCCUGUGACUGUUGAAUAUAUAACGCGUUAUAUUGCUGGUCUUCAGCAAAAAUAUACACAAAGUGGUGGUGUAAGACCAUUUGGCCUCUCAACCUUGAUUGUUGGUUUUGACCCAUACACUGGUGUUCCAUCGCUUUAUCAGACAGAUCCAUCAGGGACUUUUUCAGCAUGGAAAGCCAAUGCGACUGGAAGAAACUCAAAUUCAAUUCGGGAAUUUUUGGAGAAGAAUUACAAGGAAACAUCCGGACAGGAAACCUUGAAGUUAGCCAUUCGUGCUUUGCUUGAAGUUGUUGAGAGUGGGGGAAAGAACAUAGAAGUUGCUGUGAUGACAAAAGAGCAUGGACUACGACAACUUGAAGAAGCCGAAAUUGACUCCAUAGUUGCUGACAUUGAAGCAGAGAAAGCAGCCGCAGAGGCAGCCAAGAAGGUCCCUAUGAAAGAAACUUAGUCCUGCUAAGCUUCUUCUACUCCAUGAACUUUUUUUUUAUCUUUUAGUUUUUCUUGGUAAAACUAUAUUGUUAACGAACAUUAAUUUCUUUAUCAAGCAGGA